AUGUCUCACGAGGAGGACCUCAUCGACUACUCCGACGAGGAGAUCCAGCCAACGGAGGCGCCCGCCAACGGCACCGCAGCCGCAGCUAAGGGUGGACUCGCAGCUGGCGACGCAGCUGGCGACAAGAAGGGCAGCUAUGUCGGCAUUCACUCCACCGGUUUCCGCGACUUCCUUCUCAAGGACGAGCUCGUGCGAGCAAUCACGGACUGUGGCUUCGAACAUCCUUCCGAGGUCCAGCAAGUUACCAUUCCUCAGGCCAUCCUCGGUAACGAUGUUCUCUGCCAGGCCAAGUCCGGUCUCGGAAAGACAGCCGUCUUCGUCCUUGCUACCCUGCAGCAGAUGGACGAGAAGCCCGAGCCUGGUGUCGCCACGAUCCUGGUCAUGUGCCACACUCGUGAGCUGGCCUACCAGAUCAGGAACGAGUACAACCGUUUCGCCAAGUUCCUGCCCGAUGUUAAGGUCGGUGUCUUCUACGGUGGAACACCCGUUCAGAAGGACAUCGAGCUUCUCAGCAACAAGGAGACUCACCCUCAUAUCAUUGUUGGUACACCCGGUCGUAUCAACGCUCUCGUCCGCGAUAGGCAUCUCCGCCUCUCCAACCUGAAGCACUUCGUCCUUGACGAGUGCGACAAGAUGCUGGACCAGCCUGAUAUGCGCAACGAUGUGCAGUCCAUCUUCCGCGCGACACCCGCCCACAAGCAGGUGAUGAUGUUUUCAGCCACCUUGGCGAAGGAGAUCCGCGAGACCUGCAAGAAAUUCAUGCAGAACCCUCUCGAGAUCUACGUCGAUGACGAGAAGAAGUUGACACUCCACGGUCUGCAGCAAUACUACAUGAAGCUUGAUGAGCGUGAGAAGAACAGAAAGCUCAACGACCUUCUUGACGAGCUGGAGUUCAACCAGGUUAUCAUCUUCGUUCGCUCGACACUGCGAUGCACAGAGCUCGACAAGCUUCUGCGCGAGUGCAACUUUCCCAGUACUGCAGUUCACUCUGGUAUUGGCCAGGAGGAGCGUAUCAAACGCUACAAGGAGUUCAAGGACUUCCAGACCCGUAUCUGCGUGUCCACUGACAUCUUCGGUCGUGGUAUCGAUGUUGAGCGUAUCAACGUCGCUAUUAACUACGACAUGCCCGAUAAGGCCGAUUCUUACCUCCACCGUGUCGGUCGUGCCGGUCGUUUCGGAACCAAGGGUCUCAGUAUCUCCUUCAUCAGCAGCCCUGAAGAUGAGGCUGUUCUGAAGUCGAUCGAGGAGCGCUUCGAGGUCUCCCUUCCCGAAUUCCCUGAGAAGGGUGUCGAUGCCAGCACCUACAUGGACAACUAAGCUUGUCCUAUGGGUACUGUGUAUGAAUGCCUGCGCGAAACGUCACACACAUGGGACAAUGUCUUUCGGAAGAAAGACUCGUCUCGCUUUGCAACGGAAAACGUGAGCACGGCGCAGGUGGGUUUGGCUUGUUAUGAUCUUGUACUCUAGCUUGGGGAGCUCCUCGGCCAGAAUGAAAAGCAAAUUGACACGCAUUAAUCCCAAAUAAACCGACUUGCAUUGCUUCGUUCGUGAUCUUGCGUGGCCCUCGGCCAUACUAUCUUAAGAAGCUGACCAAAGCUUACUACGCGUGGUAGCUUUGAUCUGCCCCGCUGCGCGUCGUUUAUCAAAUCCCCAUGCAGAAUAACGUCAUACAUACGGGACUUUAGCG